AUGAUAAUAGGACUGCUACCAGAGGAGACCAUGAACGAAACCCUAGUACUCACGAGGGCACUCUCAGAUGAAGUGGUUUGUAUGCGCUCUUUAGCCCUCGGAAGCUCAGUGCACAUGGUUACUCAUCCUUUGACACCAGACUCGCCCACAAGACGCACUGGCCACACUAUAACACCCUUGGUGGUGAGCCCAGAUAAGGGUGCGUGCGCUGAUAGUAUUGUAUGUCAAAAGACCUUCCUAGUAGCAAUGUGCUGGUCACGGUCAAGAAGACAUUACCAUUUUGAUGCAUCGAGGGUUGAUCGAUUCGUUAAGACACUGUCGGUAUUCUACUCGUAUAAUCGGGACCCAUCUCAUCUACAAAGGUUCUACUUGUGUGCACGCUCACCCGGAAACCAGAAUCGAGACCUGGCAGGCGUCACUCGCCCUGCAGCGAUUUGGUACGACAGCAAGGGUGGACCUCGGAUUGACGGGGGAUGCUUCCCGGCGAGUCCCAGGUGCACUGCAGGUGGCGAUCUCAACGUGGAUGAGUGCCCAGUCGGUGAAGUCAUGGCUCACAGGGAGGCGCCUGGACUACCCACAAGGAUUGGGGAGAUCCAAGACUGCAGUGUCCGUUGGUAA